AUGACAGGUCUGAAGGGAUUGCAGCUUUUAAAUCGGGAUUUUUCGAGUGAUUCGGAGACACAAAAAGAAAGACUGAGGGGUCUCUCUCUCUCUCUCUCUCUCUCUCUCUCUCUCUCUCUCCCAGUGAUUAAACAUUGCGCACGGGAUACAACUAAGAGCUCGCCUUCCCCUGAACUCUCCUACCAGAGCUCGCCACCUCCUGAACUCGCCCUAACUCGCCAUCUCCUGAACUCGCCUACCCCGAGAUUGAAUGCUCUCUCAUCCCCACCGAACUCUCCUUGUACGAAUGCCAGAUAUCCGCCUCCACAACCACCUCCUGAACUCGCCUACCAGAGCUCGCCAUCCCCUGAACUCUCCUACCAGAACUCGCCAUCUCCUGAACUCGCCUACCAGAGCGCGCCAUCCCCUGAACUCUCCUACCAGAGCUCGCCAUCUCCUGAACUCUCCUACCAGAGCUCGCCAUCCCCUGAACUCUCCUACCAGAGCUCGCCAUCCCCUGAACUCCUCCUACCAGAGCUCGCCAUCCCCUGA